UGUUGCGUCAUCUUAUCAGGACGAAAGGCUCCAGUUUACAGAAAGCGGAGACGCACGGAGAAGAAACAGACGUAAGGGAGUAACUUUAUUCGGAAGUUUCCGCGAGUUCAGCAAGGACAACGAGCAAGUGGAUUAUGCCUGAUGAGAUGUCGAGGCCUUUAAUCCGCGAGAGGGGCGAAGGUGGGGGCUCCAGGCGCCUCGAAGCCCCCACGUACGAGUGCGGCGCCCCGGUGAUCGGCAUCCUGGGCACGGGCGACUUCUCCCGCUCGCUGGCCAAAAGGCUGGUCGCCUCCGGCUUCCACGUGGUGGUGGGGAGUCGCAACCCCAAGCGAUCCGCGGCCCUUUUCCCCGAAGAGGCAGAGGUGACGUCCCAGUUGGAAGCAGCCACCCAGGCGCAGCUCGUCUUCAUAGCUGUGUUCCCGGAGCACCACUCCACGCUGGUGGCGCUGAAGCCGGCGCUCGCGGGGAAGACCCUGGUGGACGUCAGCAACAGCUUGCAGAUCAACCAAGCGGGGCCGUCAAAUGCCGAGCGGCUCGCCGACCUUUUCCCGGAGAGCGACGUGGUCAAAGGGUUUAACACCAUAUCGGCCUGGACGCUGCAGAUGGGACCCCGGGACGGAUGCAGGCAGGUUUUCCUGUGUAGCAACAGUCAAAAAGCCAAGAGCUCAGUGGUGGAGCUCUGUCACAGGAUGGGCUUCAUCCCCGUCGACGUGGGUCUCCUCUCCUCUUCUUUGGACGUUGAGAACCUCCCCCUCCACCUGUUUCCCCCCUGGCGCGUCCCCGUCAUCUGCACCCUGUCCCUCUUCAUCUUCUUCUACCUGUACAACUUCCUCCGGGACGUCCUGCACCCGUUCGUCACGUCGGGGAAGAGCGCCUUCUACAAAAUGCCCGUUGAGACCGUGAACGUCACCCUGCCCAGCGUGUCCCUGGUCAUGUUGGCGCUGGUCUACCUGCCCGGGCUGUGCGCCGCCUUCCUGCAGCUGUGCUGGGGCACCAAAUACAGACGCUUCCCGGAGCGGCUGGACCGGUGGUUGACGAGGAGGAAGCAGUUCGGGCUGUGCAGCUUCUUCUGCGCCGUCCUGCACGCCAUUUACAGCCUGUGCCUUCCGAUGAGGAAGUCUGCGCGCUUCCAGCUGAUGAACGCAGCGUUUAAACAGGUGAAGGCCGGGGUGGAGGACUCGUGGGUCGACGAGGAGGUUUGGAGGAUGGAGCUGUACCUGUCCGUGGGCAUCAUGGCCCUCGGGCUGCUCUCUCUGCUGGCCGUCGCCUCUCUGCCCUCAGUGGCUAACACCAUCAACUGGAGGGAGUUCAGCUUCAUACAGUCCACUUUAGGCUACUGCGCCCUGCUCAUGGCCACCCUCCACACGCUCCUCUUCGGCUGGGACCGGGCCUUCGAUCCGUCCCAGUACCGCUUCCUCCUGCCUCCCACCUUCCUGCUGGUCCUGAUCCUCCCCCUCGCCGUGUUGCUGGGCCGCCUCGCCCUCUUCCUGCCCUGCGUGGCCGGCCGGCUCAAGCAGAUCCGCCGCGGCUGGGAGAAGAGCCGGCACAUCCGGUUCGUGCUGCCGGACGAGGACAGCCACAACGGGCUGGACGACGUCAGCAACGUGUGAGAAACUCUGCUUUCAGUCGGUGCGGAAGGUGUUAAAGAAAAAAAACUUUUUAAGUGGCUCUCAUGAAUAUAAACUAUAUAGGAGAUAAAAGAUUUAUAAGCUGCUGAAGGCUUGUCACUUUGGCCUGUUGAGAUAUUUCUUUUAAAGACGUUAGCAGGGAGAUCCUUAGAGAUGUUUAACCUGUAGAGUGUUGAUCACCAACUUUGCUGCAUCGCUGAUAAUGACUAUUUCUGCGUUUUUUCUUUUAAUUUAUUGUCCAGCUCUGAAGAACGGUAUUAUCUGUCGGACACAUUUAAUGCACUUACUAGUUUCACACCAGCUCCUCAUCACGAGCCUGAUCAUCUUCAGUAGCCUCGGCCUCAUUUGUGUCCUUUUGUGAUUAUGUUCUAGCCCUUGAAGACUUGCGCUUUGAAGAUUUCGUUCCCGUCGUCGUGCUGAAAAACAAACUGACGUAGUUUCUUCCGUUGAAGUCGUGCGCUUCGAGGUUCGUCUGGCAAUGCUUGGAAAAGUUCAACGUGCUGUGAUAUUUAUGGAAACGUUUGGGCACUGUAAGAAAAGUAUUCGGACUGUUUUAUCGAACUGUUUUAUCUCAAGAGGUUUCUUUGUGACUACGAAACAAACUUUACUCGACUAUAGUUAAUUCCAGAGCCAUAUGUUGGAGAGAGUCAUGGACGCCAUGUUAGAUACAUGGGAGGGAAGAUUCUACAGUGUAACCCUAUGGGUGGAUGUUUAAAUAAAUGUCUUAUUUUCACCAUUAACGAGCCGAUAAAUGUUACUGCUAACGGGUGUCAAUAUGUAAAAGGCCCUCACUUAAAAUAUCCCAGCGUCACAUAACAGGGAGAAAUCUUCCUUUCAGCUUCAAUCAGCUCAGUUCCCUAGUUUCCCAGACUCUCUUUAAUAAACGGCUCUGGUUAAUAGUUUUCUUAGACGUUUUUUUUUUUUAUCUAAGGGGAAUUAGAUUAAUUGUGCGAAGUGAUAAACAGGAGAUUUGUGUCAACUUGGGAGGUAUGUGACUCCGCCCCUUUAACAAACUUCUUACGAUGAUGAAGCCUUCCAUGCUUUCUCAAUCAUUCAAGCAAUACUAAAACAUGACAUUAUCCCUUUUCUCGACACUUCAAGGUGUUUUUAUAAUGUGCCAAAUAAACCCCCAAAUCUGAAGCAUUUCAUUUCCCUUUUUAGUGUUGCUCCAACACUCUGAUGUGUCAAUCAAUCUUACAAAACUUCCUAAUCCUUCCACUCUGAACAACUUGGUGUGUGUGUGUGUUCAGACGCAUCGUGUUUGAUGCAGCUUUAUUUUAUUUUUUUUUAUCUACUUGCUAAAGAGGAUUCUAUGUUACGUGAUUGUUUUCUGAAUCUAAAUUAAUAAUAUAUCCCAGCGUACUGACAUCUAACUUGAAUUACGAGAAUGUAAACAUGUCAAAUUUCUAGAACACUGAAUAAAGUAUGGUUUUUACGUA